AUGGAUGCUCCUGUUCCACCACCUUCCACACCAACUCUACUAGAACUCUGCACUAAUCUCCUCCAAAAAUCUCUAAACUCCAACAAUGCUCGUUUCACAGCUCAACUGGUUCAUUGCCGCGUCAUCAAAUCAGGUCUCUUCUUCAGCGUCUACCUCAUCAACAAUCUAAUGAAUAUCUACUCAAAAACAGGCUACACCCUCCACGCACGCAAACUGUUCGACGAAAUGCCUCUGAGAACUGCCUUCUCAUGGAACACAGUUCUCUCUGCAUAUUCGAAACAAGGAGACAUGGAUUCCACGCGAGAGUUCUUUGAUCAAAUGCCUCAGAAGGAUUCUGUCUCAUGGACCACGAUGAUCGUAGGGUUCAAGAAGGUUGGUCAGUACCAAAAGGCUGUAAGAACUAUGGGGGAGAUGAUGAAGGAAGGUGUUGAACCGACGCAGUUCACGCUCACGAAUGUUCUUGCUUCCGUUGCUGCAAAUGGGUCGUUGAGUACAGGUCGAAAGGUUCAUACUUUCAUCGUUAAGCUUCGCCUUUCGAGUAACGUUUCGGUUUCUAACUCACUGCUGAGUAUGUAUGCGAAAUGUGGUGAUCCUUUGAUGGCAAGAGUUGUUUUUGAUAGAAUGGUGGUUAGAGAUGUAUCAAGCUGGAACGCUAUGAUAGCUUUAUAUAUGCAGGUUGGUCAGGUUGAUCUUGCUAUGGCGCAGUUUGAGGAAAUGGAUGAGAGAGAUAUCGUUACUUGGAACUCUAUGAUCGCUGGUUAUAAUCAGCGAGGGUAUGAUCUCAGAGCUUUAGACAUGUUUUCAAAGAUGAUGAGAGAGUCUCUUUUGUCGCCGGAUAGAUUCACUCUAUCAAGUGUGUUAUCUGCUUGUGCUAACCUUGAGAAGCUUUGUGUUGGGAAGCAGAUUCAUUCUCAUAUUGUCGCAACAGGAUUUGAUGUCUCUGGAAUCGUGUUGAACGCUAUGAUCUGUAUGUAUUCGAGGUGUGGAGGGAUCGAAACUGCGAGAAGGAUUAUUGAGCAGAGAGGAAGUGUUGAUCUCAAGAUUGAAGGCUUUACAGCUUUGCUUGAUGGGUACAUUAAGCUUGGAGAUAUGAACCAAGCUAAGGUUAUAUUUGACUCGUUGAAAGACCGUGAUGUAGUUGCGUGGACCGCUAUGAUCGUUGGAUAUGAGCAACACGGUUUGUACGGUGAAGCUAUAAACCUUUUCAGAACAAUGGUUGGGGGAGGACAGAGACCGAACAGCUACACACUUGCAGCGAUGUUAAGUGUAUCUUCAAGCUUAGCAUCGUUGGGUCACGGCAAGCAGAUCCAUGGGAAUGCUGUAAAGUCAGGGGAAGUUUAUUCGGUUUCUGUCAGCAAUGCGUUGAUAACUAUGUAUGCAAAGGCAGGUAGCAUUACAUCAGCAAGACGGGCGUUUGAUUUGAUACGGUCUGAAAGAGAUACAGUGUCCUGGACCUCCAUGAUUAUUGCUUUGGGACAGCACGGUCACGCAGAGGAAGCACUUGAGCUCUUUGAGACAAUGCUGAUGGAGAGGCUAAGACCUGAUCACAUAACAUACGUUGGUGUGUUCUCUGCUUGUACUCACGCUGGUUUAGUCAAUCAUGGACGUCAAUACUUUGAAAUGAUGAAGACUGUGGAUAAGAUUAAACCUACUCUUAGCCACUACGCUUGUAUGGUGGACCUGUUUGGACGUGCUGGUUUAUUGCAGGAAGCAUACGAGUUCAUCGAAAAGAUGCCGGUUGAGGCAGAUGUAGUGACAUGGGGUUCACUGCUUUCUGCUUGUAGGGUUCACAAGAACGUUGAUCUUGGGAAAAUUGCAGCAGAGAGAUUGCUUUUAAUCGAGCCAGAGAACAGUGGAGCAUACUCAGCCUUGGCUAACUUAUACUCAGCUUGUGGAAAAUGGGACGAGGCUGCGAAGAUAAGAAAAUCAAUGAAGGAUGGGAGAGUGAAGAAAGAACAAGGUUUUAGCUGGAUUGAAGUGAAGCAUAAAGUCCAUGUCUUCGGAGUUGAAGAUGGGAUUCAUCCACAGAAGAAGGAGAUUUACAUAACCAUGAAGAAGAUAUGGGAUGAGAUAAAGAAAAUGGGUUAUAUUCCUGACACAGCUUCAGUACUACACGACCUAGAAGAAGAGGUUAAGGAGCAGAUUCUAAGGCACCAUAGUGAGAAGCUAGCAAUAGCUUUUGGGCUGAUUAGCACUCCUGAUAAAACCACGUUAAGGAUCAUGAAGAAUCUAAGAGUGUGUAAUGAUUGUCAUACGGCUAUAAAGUUCAUCUCCAAGCUUGUGGGAAGGGAGAUAAUAGUGAGAGAUGCUACAAGGUUUCACCAUUUCAAAAAUGGGUUUUGUUCUUGCCGGGAUUACUGGUGAUCUAACUCAAGAGCCAUUGUACAAUACUUACAUAUCAGCACCAAACGUAGAGAUUUAGGUAUGGCUUGAUUUGAGGGUAACCAUCACUAUUCUUUAUUGGUUUAUAUGUUGUAUUGCUGUCAUCAUUAUUGAGGAUUAGAAUAUGACGACAUAGCAUUUGAGACUCUUUAGUACUAUAGAGAUUAUGGUGGUUAAAGGAGAAGGAUAAUAUGAACGAUGGAGAUGUUUUGAGGAAAGCAUCAAAGAGAAAGAGAGAGAGAGUAAUGGAACCGAGAACAAUUAAAAAG